UUUAUACGACAUGGGUGAUGUCGCAGAAGAAUAUGACGACUCAAACACUCGUAUUUUUCUUACCAUUAUGGCAGAGAGGUUACUUCAAAUGGCCAAAUUGUUCCAAGACGAGCAUAUUAAUAAUCGAAUGGUCAUGUCGAUGCCAUCCAGCCUGGGCAACAAAGCUUCCAGAGUGAACCUCUUAAAUCAGAUCUUCUUCCUGAGCUGCUGAGCAAGUCACAGUUCGGGGCACAAUUUUUUUUUUUUGCUCCACAGUAGGAAUUGUGCGGGCAGCCGAAACUUCAUCGAAAACGAAAUGCUGUACGUGAUUGGUCUCGGUCUCUCUGAUGAAAAGGACAUUACUGUUCGUGGCCUUGAAGCGGUCAAAAGCUGCGAGCGUGUAUAUCUGGAAGCUUACACCAGCAUUCUGAUGGUGGAUUCUUCCAAGCUUUCCGAGUACUAUGGCAAGCAAGUCAUUGUUGCCGACCGAGAAAUGGUUGAAUCCGAGAGUGACGCUAUUUUAGCCGAUGCCGAUAAAAUCAACGUUGCAUUUUUAGUAGUUGGUGACCCUUAUGGAGCUACUACACACACGGAUCUUGUCAUUCGUGCCCGCGAGCUCGAUAUACCGGUGCAAGUCAUUCACAACGCUUCCAUUAUGAACGCAAUAGGCGCGUGCGGACUUCAACUAUACAACUUUGGUCAAACCAUCUCAAUUGUAUUUUUCACCGACACAUGGCGGCCCGAUAGCUUUUAUGACCGAAUCAAGGAGAACCGUGCGCUUGGGUUGCACACUUUGUGUCUACUAGAUAUCAAAGUGAAGGAGCAAAGUAUAGAAAAUCUGGCUCGAGGAAGAAAGAUCUAUGAACCCCCGCGCUAUAUGACUGUCAACCAGGCGAUUGAACAGCUUUUGGAGAUCGAAGAUAACCGUGGUGAAAAGGCCUAUACGGGUGAAACACUGGCCAUCGGAUGUGCACGCGUCGGCCAACCACAUCAAACAUUGAUCUCUGGCACCCUGCAGCAGCUGGUCGAUGCUGAUUUUGGCGGACCCCUUCACUCACUUGUGAUCGUUGGUAACAAAAUGCACGAGUUGGAAGCUGAGUUUGUCAAGGAUUUUGCUAUCGACAAGACCAGCUUUGAUGAAAUUGUCAAGCGAGAUUAUUCCCUUUGAAACCCAUAAAAAUAUGAGUCCCUUGCAUGAACCCGCG